CAACUGCACUGGGGACAGCUGUGGUUGGGAACCUGGCAGAAGAGACCACGUCAAUUGCCGUUAAAGAUAUUGACUUUAAGAUGGUCACGUUAGAAUACAAGAACAAACUUGUGGCAGUUCCACUCAACCACAACUAAAUUAAUUUAAAAAUGAUUCAUAUUUCAAUCAAUUAAAUCGGUUAUCUAAAUUCAAUGUGUUCAACUUUUUCAAAACGUAUUUUCUGUUUAGAUGUAUGCGGUAGUUCAUUUUACCGAGUCAAACGAGGUGGAGGUUGUGCCUUGCUUGUGGCUAAGUUUGGACGGCAAGGUGUCUUUUUGGCCACCGUAUAAAGACACCAAGCGGACGAAAGUUGCAGUCAUCCAAAGCGCUAUGCCAGAUGAGACCUGGGGAGAGUUUUUUGUGGAGGUGGUGAAAACCUUUGCCAAUUAUGAUGCAGCGCGUAUGAACCUGAAAAAAGCCCAAACCAGGAGCACCCUGACAUCAGAUGAUGAAGGGGGUAAAAGAAGGAGAAUCCCUUCCUCAAAGCUGAAAGAAAUUGUGCCUGCAGAUGAGGGGGAGAAGCAUACAAGGGCUAAGAAAAAAGAAAAAAAAGGAGUCCUCCACAAGCCCCUGCUUUCCCCACCUGCUUUUAGAGCAUCACAGCAGGACAUACAUAAAGUUGCUGCCCACACAUCAGCUGCUCUUGAACAGGCCUCUGCCCAGAUCUCUGGCAACAUUCAAAGUCAAUUCGAACGGGAUCAUGCACUCCUGCGUGCUGUGGAGGAGUUGAAGGCCUUGGUGAGGCAGAACAACCUCCUCCUCCAGGCCCUUACUAGGCAAAAAACUACAGCAGCAGCAGCAGCAGACACUCUAUCUGAGGAAUUUAAGUUCCCAAUGAACUGCGAGGAAGACCUUCAAAGGGUGGAGGAUCUUCUGAGGGAGAAAUCCCAGGAAAAGGCCCUGGCAGCACACCUUAGUGCGCUUGGGGGCUGCAAUCCUGGGGACGCGGUUCGAAGAAUCCUUCGCCACAUCCUCACCAACCACUUCGCGCUGAAAUUCAACUGGCUUGGCAGAGGAGGGAAGAAGCUGGCUUUUGCCUCCUACAAGGUGUGCAAUGCAGUAAGAGGUGCAUCGGCUAGCCAGAACAUUUCGGCCAGCGACUGCGAGGCAGUUAUUAAAAACUGGCUGAAGUGCAGCGGUGACCGGAGUGGAGGAAGAAAGAGGAGAGAAAGCAGAGUGCAUGAAGGUCCCCAGCAGUUCAGUCUUCCUCCUCCGGCUCCGAGUCCUUCCCCGGUCAUGGAUGAUACAACUAGCAGCGACAGUGACGACGACUGCAGCGGCCUGGAGUGACCCGCCUUCCGCCUGCACACC